UUUGAAUCUCAGUCCUCAACCGAAGAAAACAUUGAACACUUGAACAUCAUCCCUAAUUCUUCACAUAUAUUUCUAACAGAGAAUCUUAACCCAUCAUGGCUUUCCCUCAAUUUACGUCCUUCCCUCCUGAGAUCCUGUCAUUGAUCCUUGGGUCGUGUCCGCCGAAUGAUCUCACUUGUCUUCGUCUCGCAUGCAAGGCUAUGUAUAACCUCUCACCAUCAAAAGAAGUUGUCUUCCUCGAAAAUACCGACAUUCGACCACUUUGUGGCAAGGACAACUCUGUUCCACGAUAUCCUCACAGAUAUGAGUGCCACAAAGCCUCCUAUGAAGCAGUCUGCAAACGCAAUGCAGAACUCGGGCGUUCAACUCCAGAGAUGAAGAGGAAAUGUAGGACGAGAUGGUCAUCAAAUCACUGCGAAUGCUACACCAGACAUAUGAGGCUGCAUCGGAGAAUCAAAUCCUGGAUGCCAAGCAGUCUUCAUUAUUGUGGCGAGUGUGAGAUGUUUACCAAGAGGAAGAAGCAACAUAAUGGACGCUGCUACCAUGGCCGCCCAAAACAACGCAGAUAUGAAGGUCACUAUUGGACACACACUUCAAGAGGUGGAGCAUUUGGACGUAAAAUCUGGAAAAAGUGGUUCAAUAAUCGUGCGAUGAAUCGUCUUGAGGCAAGGUUAAGACAAGACCGCGAGAAUCAGAGGAAAGGAAGUAACAGAUACUCGCUGAGGAAGUUGGAACCGAAGGCUGUGAAUUCUAGAGUGGUGAGAGGCCAGCCAUCAUAUUUUUAGGAUUCUCGAUGUGUAUGAGAGUGGACAGUUCCACUUGGGUUGGAACGAUGAGAGAACGAGUCAUGAACGUUACGAUAUGUACAAAAUUGUAUUUACUGCUAGUCUCGAUGUUCGGCUUUAUGUUUUGCAUGGACAGUGCUUGCUGUUUUGAAGCUCGUUCGUUCUAGAAACGCACCUUACAUAUCUGUAAUGACAAAGUAUAUGCCUG